UCCACGGAUGCGGCGGAAUGGAGAAGAUACUAUCGAUCUCAUCGACAAGUUGCACUUCCGUAGUCUCCACCUUAUCUCCACAUCCAUCCUCAAUCUUCGCUCCGUCGAUGCUUGUUCACACGAACAUGUUCUGAUUGCUGCCAGCUGAGAGAAAGAGAGGCAAGGGAAGCGGACGUGCGAAAAUACAGACGCCAUGUUGGAUCAUUUCACCAUCUUCACUCGCACCGGCGUGGUCCUCUGGUCCAAGUCUUUCACACCGACAGUGGCAGACGACCUGGACAAACCAUCCAAUCCGAUCGACUCGCUGAUCCGCGAAACAUUUGUCGAGGAGCGCACGGCGGAUCGCAAAUACGAAAAAGAUGGCUACACGAUUCGGUGGAGCUUUGCGAAUGACCUUGAGCUGAUCUAUGUUGUCGUGUAUCAGCGUAUCUUGCAAUUGUCGUACAUCGACGAUCUACUCGACCAAGUCAAGUCUGCUUUCGUCCAGCUUUUCGAGUCCUUCCUUCGCGCCCUGCUGCAGGUUGCGCGCGGCGAUGCAUCCGGCCUGUCAUCCACACUCGCCAAAGAUCCUUCCUCCGGAAACGGCAUCGCACCCGCCCUUGCGCCGCAGCUGCGCUUGAACUUUGCCAACAAGCUCAAGGCAGAAUGGGAAGCGACAUUCCUUCUGAUUCUUCGCUCGCUCGAACGUACCGCCUCAGCAGCGGAUAAAGCCAAUCGACGCGCACUCGGCGUCGACACACCUCUUGGCGAGAAAAAGGGCAUGCAGGGCGCCAAUCUGUUUUCUUGCGAGCACAGCAAUGCAAACAGUACUGCAGGACGUGAAACCACUGGCGGGACAUCUACACCGGCUGGAAAAGAAGCAGAUGGAACUGAGGCAAGCGAGAUAGCCAAGAAUGUAGCUGCACUCAAAGCACGGCUCAAAGCGGCCGAGUCGAGCGGCGGCGCCGGGCGUAGGACGGCCAGCGGUGGUGGAGGGCCUGGCAACAAGAAAGGCAAGAAGGGUGGUGGCAAAGAUAGUCCUGCAGGUGCUGGAAGUGGUGUCGAGAGCCCAGCCGCGGGUAGCAGCAAAAAGCGGGCAAAGGAGAUGCGCAAGUGGGAUGCACAGGGAAGAGCCAUUCUCAUGACCGAGGGGGACGAGGAUGCACUCGAUUUCAGCAGUAAAUCAGGCGCUGCAGCAAAUCCAGGGAUUAAUGGCAGCGGCGUUGGUCCAGAAGAGGAGGGUGACCUUACGGGUUGGAUCGACAUGAAGAGCUUGGGCAAGAAAGGCCAGGAUGGGACGUACGAGCUAGCUGAUGUCGACGAUGGAGGAGAUGACAACGAUGAGGAAGCUGAGGAGGAGGAUGUCACGCGGUCGAGGAAGCCAGGCGGCGGCUUCCUCUCGCGCUUCUCAGCUGUCUCUGCUGGCGCAUCGUCGGGUACUUCUGCAAGCUCUGGCUCGUCGCUCUUCUCGCGUUUAACCGGUUCGCGCGCGUUGACGAAGGAGGACUUGCGACCUGCGUUAUCUGCGAUGCAGAGCCACCUGCAAGCAAAGAACGUCGCAGCGAAUGUCGCGUCGCGGCUAUGCGACAGCGUCGAGAAAGGGCUCGUGGGCCGGCAACUGGGCAGCUUUGCGAGCGUCAAGGACGAGGUGCGAAAAGCACUGGAAGAUUCCAUCACGCGCAUUCUCACGCCUAAGAGCAGUACAGACAUUCUCUUGGAAAUUGCAACGAAGCGCGAGCGACAGCAAGCGGCGAUCGCGAAUGCUGCUGCUGCUGGUGCUGCCAUUUCCAAAGGAAAGGGCGGCGCAAAUAGCAACAUGGCCCUCCAAGCCGACCCCUACAGCAUCUGCUUUGUCGGCGUCAAUGGCGUAGGCAAGUCGACAAACCUGGCAAAAGUGUGCUUCUGGCUGCUGCAGAACCGGCUGAAAGUUCUCAUCGCGGCGUGCGAUACGUUCCGAUCGGGUGCGGUGGAGCAGCUGCGCGUGCACGUGCGCAAUCUGGGCCAGCUUGAAGUGGACGGACGCAAAGUCAGCGAGAGCGCGAGCAUCGAGCUCUACGAGCGAGGCUAUGGCAAGGACGCGGCUGGUAUCGCCAAGGAUGCGCUGGCGUACGCCAAGAGCGCAGGCUACGACGUCGUACUCAUCGACACGGCUGGGCGGAUGCAGGACAAUGAGCCACUUAUGCGCGCGCUGGCCAAGCUCGUCGCGGUCAACUCACCUGACAAGAUCAUCUUUGUCGGCGAAGCGCUCGUCGGCAACGAGGCGGUGGAUCAGCUGGUGAAGUUUGACAAGAGCCUCAAGGAUUUUAGCGGGCUCAGCAACCCGCGAGGACUGGACGGCAUGCUGCUGACCAAGUUUGACACGAUCGAUGACAAAGUCGGUACGGUCCUGACAGCCGCUUCGGUGACGGGCCUGCCCAUAUUUUUUGUCGGCGUCGGUCAGACGUACUCGGAUCUGCGAGCACUACGUGUUCGGCACAUCCUCAAUGCUCUCAUGCGAGGGUGAUGCGAGCAUGUGUGUGCUGUCUUUGAAGCUGGAUGCUAUCAGUUCGAAUGACCUGCUCGCUGCUGUACCUGGGCUACAAAUUUUUGCACGGGUGCGAACCCUGAACUAUGGAUGAG